GGCUGCGCGCGCAGACAGCGGGGAGCCGGCCGAGCGCCGCGGAGGUGGGCGCGUCUGCGUGUCGGAGGCCCGGGAGGGUGACUGCGCGGUCGAGGUGACCGGGACCCGAGCAUUUCAGAUCUGCUUGGUAGACCUGCUGCACCACCAUGUUGGCCGCAAGACUUGUGUGUCUCCGGACACUACCUUCCAGGGUUUUCCAACCAGCUUUCACCAAGACCUCCCCUGUUGUGAAGAAUUCCAUCACGAAAAAUCAGUGGCUCUUCACACCCAGCCGGGACUAUGCCACCAAGACGAGAGUUGGGAUCCGGCGUGGGAAAAUUGGCCAAGAACUUAAGGAGAGAGCAAUGGAACCAUCAAUGGAAAAAAUAUUUAAAAUUGACCAGAUGGGAAGAUGGUUUAUUGCUGGAGGAGCAGCUGUUGGUCUUGGAGCACUGUGCUACUAUGGCUUGGGAAUGUCCAACGAGAUUGGAGCUAUUGAAAAGGCUGUAAUUUGGCCUCAGUAUGUGAAGGAUAGAAUUCAUUCUACCUACAUGUACUUAGCAGGAAGUAUUGGUUUAACAGCUUUGUCCGCCCUGGCAGUGAGCAGAACUCCUGUUCUCCUGAACUUUAUGAUGAGAGGCUCUUGGGUGACAAUUGGUGCAACCUUUGCAGCCAUGAUUGGAGCUGGAAUACUGGUACAAUCAAUAUCAUAUGACCAGAGCCCAGGCCCAAAGCAUCUUGCUUGGUUACUACAUUCUGGUGUGAUGGGUGCAGUGGUGGCUCCACUGACAAUAUUAGGGGGGCCUCUUCUCAUCAGAGCUGCGUGGUACACCGCAGGCAUUGUGGGAGGCCUCUCCACUGUGGCCAUGUGCGCACCCAGUGAGAAAUUUCUGAACAUGGGAGCACCCCUGGGAGUGGGUCUGGGCCUCGUCUUUGUAUCCUCACUAGGAUCGAUGUUUCUCCCACCUACCACUGUGGCUGGUGCCACUUUGUACUCAGUGGCAGUUUAUGGUGGAUUAGUUCUCUUCAGCAUGUUUCUUCUCUAUGAUACGCAGAAAGUAAUCAAGCGUGCAGAAGUAAUACCAGCAUAUGGAGUUCAAAAAUACGAUCCCAUCAAUUCGAUGCUGAGAAUCUACAUGGAUACAUUGAAUAUAUUUAUGCGAGUUGCCAGUAUUCUAGCGACUGGAAGCAACAGAAAGAAAUGAAGUGCCUCAGCUUCUGACUUCAUUAAUACAUCAGAUAUCUUGCUUGUUUAAUAGGGACAGGUAUUCAUUAAAUAGUUGUCCAAGCAGCUUUCAUUGAAGUUUAGAAGAUAAGACUCGUCAGCAUGUUUCAGAUGUUCUGGAGAUGUGAUGCUUCAGGUCUGCUUUUUCUUCUGAAGAAUAAAUUUAGUUCUCUUCCAAAUAAGCACACACAUUUCUAGUUCUCAUGUUUGAGUAAUUCUAAAAUAUUUCAAUGAAUGUGAAAACUUAAGGUUUUUGUUGUGAGAAAUCUAUUCUGUUUUAAAAUUUAUUUGAUUAAGUGAAAAUUAGCAAACUUUGUUUUGCUGCAUAUCUUGAAAUGCAGAAAUAUUAACAAGUAAUGUCACAAGUGAUGUAGAGGUUUGGUAAAGGGACCAGAGAGAAGCAAAGGGUCACCUGCAGUCUUUCGUUGAAUACUUAGCACUUGUGUAAUUGGUGGUAAGCCAGUGUGAGAGGUCUGGCUAUUUGGAAACAAACGAAUCAUUGAUGUUUUUAUGUUCGUCUUUUGAACUUAUCAAAAGCAUUGAGCAUUAAACAGAUAUAAGUGAUUCAUUCUCCCGAUGUUCCUUUCCUUUUCAGUGCUAUCUGUACAACGCGGGUGUGAUUUGUUUGUUUGUUUUGUUUGUUUUUUGACUUCUCAUUGUGAGACAUUGCUAGGACAGUCCAGAAUGUUAAUCGUAUGGAGAAUUCCUGAUAAGUGUUAAAUGUGUUUAAGUUUUAUUUUUGAACCACAAAGAACAAAAUAUCCUUAAAACUAACUCUUCUCAAGAUAAAACAUUCAAAGCAUGAAAACUGUUGGAUUUUCAAACACAAAAACACAGUGUUCCUAAUUGUUGAAUUUUUUUUUUGCAUAUUUAUUGAAAUGUUUACUACAUGCUUACCUUUCUCAUCUCUACAGGGUUUGAAGCUUUUAUCAGUAAAGCCUGUUAGUGGUUCACACUUAAGAUUAUGAAAAUAGUUUUUCUCCCUAAGACUUGGUUUCUUGUGUUGCUCUCAGACUAAUAAGCACUUAAAAGGGGGGCAUAGCUAGUCUUUCUUCAUGAUGAUGUCAGUUAAAACUGUAAUAGGCAAAGUGCUUCGUUAAGAGUUCCCCCCCGCAGACUUAACCCUUCUCUCUUGCACAGACUAUUUACUUGACUCUCGUGACGUUAAGUUUUUUGAUACAGAGGAGUUAUUUUUGGAAGUUCUUAAUGAAUGAAGUAAGUGUAUGGUUAUUGAAAUGAUUGGUAUUUUUGACACAUAUUUAUUACAGUAAUCCAGAAGUCACUAUUCCAACCACCUCAUGUCACCUCAUGCUUAUUUCUGAAAUAAUAAAGGUUCCAGCCUGC